AUGUCUUCCACAGACUCCCAACAGAAUCCCGCUCCUCAAGUCCCCCCGAGAGCCGACACACGCAGCCAUCGCUCCAACGCUCCAUCUCCAUCGUCAGAAUCACCAACAACCAUCCGUGACUUUCUUACAGGGCCCGAAAUCCACAUCAACGACUCUCCGGCACCGAUCCCAACAGUCGAAGAUGACGAGCCUCCAUCUGAGUUCUACGAUAAUCCCCGUGUCCAAGACCGCGUGAUUCGGAACAGAGCACGUCUUAAUCUGAUCAACGGCGGCGGACCAGCAGCUGGAAUCGUAACGCCAGUCGGUUCUGCUGCGGCUUCUCACCCUCUUCCUGUCAAUCGCAAUCUAUGGGCACCACCAGUAGUUCGAUCUCCCAAUGAACACCCACAUCUGUGGACCCCGCCAACUGCCAAUGUCGGAGAGACCUCAAACAGUGAACCGCAUACCGCACCACUACGCUACUCCGAAUUCCACUUCCGGCCCAGUAGAUUAAGCAGAUCAGAAUCACUUCCUACAUACCCCACUGAGAACGCUGGCGCAUCCUCAAGUGCUCGRGCCGUACCGAUCACACAACAGGAUCGCGAUAUGUCUGAGCGCCUGCGCCGUGGCUUGGAACAAUAUCCAUUCCGUGCUCGUCGACCCCACACCUUUUCACAAAGAGACUCCAGUGAUGAAUUAGGGUUUCAUCCCUCUGCUGGCCCAUACGCAACACACCCCCGAGAUCGUUUCACAUACCGUCAGUCUCAAGGUCGUCGUCGUCAACAUCGCGGCUCACGCCCACUGCCAACACAUUCGGAAGGUCAAAAGGCUGGCAAUGACUGGGACUCGUCAUCGGUAGUCGGUGGGGCCGAGCAUCUUGGUGAUAGCGAGCACAUGCAAGGUUUUGAAAUGGGCUUCGAGAAGGGAAAAGAAGUUGGCAUGAGACGCGGCAGUUUGUCGUACAAGGUCAAAUGUUACUUUGAGUUGUCUAAUAUGCGGAUGGUGAUUAUGGGCUUGGCGUUUGUGGCGUAUGGGUUGCAGUGUGGGAAGUGGGCGGAUGCGAUGCUUUAUAUUUUGCUUGGGUGGAAUACCUUGGCCACUGCUUGA